AUGGGCGAAAAAUUGUGCGCUGUUUUGAUUUAUAUAUCACUAGUUCUCGCAGUUUCCGGAGCAUUGCCUAGCAAUCCUAAUUGCCCUGUCUAUACCUGCAAAAGUGUAAACCAAACCUUUACAAAUAUCACUUGUGUUUACUAUACAAAAUCAGCAACUACUUCUACUUAUUAUGUCAACCCAUGCACAUCACUAAAAGCUCCUUACUGCACACCGUCAGUCAUGGCAAACUCCACCUGUGAGCCAACCCCAUCAACUCCUCCUCUAAAUGCAUGGCCAGGCGAAAAAUGCACCAAAAACUCAGACUGCAACUCAUUACAUGCAAGAGGAGGCUGCGUAGGAGGCACAUGUGUAGGAUCUGCACUAAACGAAAUUUGUUAUACAAAUGAUGACUGUAACCCUGGUCUCCGCUGUUUUAACGAAAUUUGCCAGCCACAAAUCCCAAUCGGCCAAUCCCAAUGUACAAGUGAUUAUGAUUGUGUAAAUGGAGCUGGCUGCAAUGUAGCAAAUACUCCUAUAAACAGUGUAUGCUACCCUUAUUUCUCUAUUGCUUCUCAUCUGCCUGUAGGUGACUGCACAUCUGACAAUAUUUCUUAUUUAUGCAAUUCAGGGUACUGUAUGAAUAAUAAUGGAGUUUAUGAAUGUAUGAAUACUUUGUCUUCUAAGACCUUCCCAAAUAUUUGUCAAGUAGAUGGAGAUUGCUACUCAACCAGAGACGAUUUUUUCCCCAGUGGAGUUUUGUGGGGAACCUGCUAUUGUGGAUAUAACCCUACAGCUACAAGUUAUUGCUCUCUUUAUUUUGGAGAUAAGCCUUAUGUGCAAGCAAUUACUUAUUUAAAGAAAUGGAUACAGUCGACCAAUAUAAAUAGCUGCAAUACAAUGAGGAGGUUUAAUACAGAAUGCAUAAGUGACUGGUGGGAUGCAAAAGAUUAUAGCGCUUAUAAUUAUUAUACAUUAAACGCAUAUUUUUGGCCACUUAUUGAAGGGUCUGAUAAUUGUACUCAGCAAGUAUAUUUACCUAAUUGGUACGCAGCGAAGAAAAAUAUGAGCUAA